CUGAACUUUGUUGUUUCUCUGCAGUAGCCUGAAGAGUCCACCAGGUGUAAUAAUAGUUAAUGACCUCAUCAGUUACCAACCAGUACAGUUUAGAUGUAACACAGAAACACUGCUGUAUAAACAUGGUUACUGUUAAACUUAUAUUAAACUUAAUUCUAAAUUAGGGUUGGCUAAACAGAGCAACAACAAAUAAUUAUUGAUUAAUUAUGCAAUAUAUUAAUGUAUCAACUCCUUCAAUAGUCAACUAGGAGGUGGUUAGGUAAGGUUUUUUUUUUCUUAAAAUUUAAAUAUUUCAUUUUAUUUAUUUGCUUGUUUGUUUCUUUAUUGCUUCUUUAAGGCUAGUGAUGACCUCUGAUUUAUAUGAAGUUUAACAGUAAAACUUGUUUAAGACUCACGUGACUGUGAAACAUUUUCAACCUGAUCAUUUUGAGUAAUUUCCUACUCUUUAACUUAAACAUUUCCACAGACUUUGGUUUUAUAGACUUAAUCUAGUGUAAAUUCUGCCAAUAUUAAUGACAAUGUCACUGAUAGACUACAUUGGCUGUAUAAAGAAACUAAUUAGGUUGAGUGAGUUUUAAUGAGCUAUAUAUGAAUAAUUUUAUUUUAGCUUUUUUGUUUCAUUUUCUUCAUGUAAAUAGUUUUGGUUCUCUGUACUUUUGGUUUUCAAACAAAAACAGGAAGUGUGAGCAACAACACUGUUGUUGGUGUUUCAUGAACCAAUGACAACACAUGAUACAUAAUAACAAAGAAUAAAGAAGACAGAAACAUGAAUGAAAAAAUUAAAUGUUGCAUCUUAACAUUUUAACUUUAUUUUAUAGUCAGCUAAUGGUGCUAAACAAAACAAGUACUACUGUUUACAGUGUCUGUGAAUAUGACAUGUUUUUGCUUUUCCAAAUCAAAUAACUUUCUUUUGGGUCAAAAUCACCAUAAAUAAAUUAUUAAUCUAGGACAUGACUGAACUUUUAUAGAAGUUACUUUCGUCUCCAUAUUCUUUUUAUUUUCAGUCAGGUUUAGCAGUUUAAUUGACUUUUAAACAAUGUUUAGUCUGAUUUUAAAGAUGUUCAGAGUACAUGUGCAGAAGUGCUUUUUGUCUCCAUGUCCAGCCUGAAGAGAAAGGAACAUUGUGCACCGAGCUGUGGUCCCUUUAAGAAGACCAGCAUCGUCCCUGAACAACUGUUUUAUGCAAAUGUGACAAGUCGAGCGUGCCGCCAGCCAAUCAGAGGCGCCCUCGAACCGCGGGAGAUCCAAAUUUCGCGGGACCAAGUUUGGCGGUAAAAAAGAGCCUCCUCUCUGCUCCUUCUUCUUUUUCUCCACCUCCUCUGUUUACUGUGUAUGGAGAGCAGAGCUCGGAGCUGGGACGGACUGGAAUCUCCAACACAGAACAGGGUCGAAUUCUGCUCUCCCUCGGAUUAGACCAGAUUAUAACCUGGAAACAGAACUCAGUCAGAUCCGGUCUGAACUUCGAUAUUCUGGACGUAUUGUUUAUUUAUUUAUUUAUUUAGCAUCAUCUCAUAAGUAAUUUAUGAAAAGGCUUCUCCGAGUCGGACAAAGAACGAGAUCGCCCUCCAGUCUCCUGUGUCUUCUACGAAUCUAAUCUGGAUUUUCAUUUUUAAUCCUGCAUUUUUCCAUCAGAUUCGACUUCAUGUCGCCUCUUUUGUUCUGAGAUUAGAAGUUUGAUUUACACAGAAAUCCUGCAGCAGCUGCUGUUGGCAGAUCUCACAGAAGGACGGGAGUUAGAGGAGCAUUAAUCGGCUCGUAUUCGGCCGAUCACGUUCACUGUUAGUCGAUAUAUAUUUUAAAAAAUGAUUCGAACGCCUAAAGGCGUCUCUGCAGCUCCGGCGGUGGUGGGUCGCUCUGCAGUGACUCUGAACCACUGUUCCCAGCAGAAACAGUUCAAGGUUCUGUCCAGCGCUGGAGUCAAAGCCGAGUUUUUUGGCACCGGACUGUCCAGUCCACCGGUCCACACGGUACCGCUGGGUUAUUUCACCCAGAUCUGUAACACGGCCGUGGCCGAACAAAGAACCAACAGCAGCCUGUACUCAACCCCCCACGGACCGGAGGCGAAAGCCAUCAGAUCAUCGUCAGGGAGACUGCCGGCUAAGAGGAAGCUGGACCUAGAAGACCCCCUGUACCUCCCAGAUUUCCGAUCACCAAAAAGCAAAAGCAACAUCACAGCGAGGGUACCUAGCCCAAGAACUCCGAAGUCUCCAGGUGAGAGGACGCGCUACGACACAUCCCUAGGUCUCCUGACCAAGAAGUUUGUGGGUCUGAUUGCCGAGUCUCCAGAUGGGGUUCUAGACCUGAACUGGGCCACAGAAGUUCUGGAGGUUCAGAAGAGACGCAUCUACGACAUCACGAAUGUCCUGGAGGGGGUCCAGCUGAUCAGGAAGAAGUCCAAGAAUAACAUCCAGUGGCUGGUGGGAGAUGUAUUUGAAGGAGGUGCAGGUGGAGGACAGAAGGCCUCUGCCCUCAGGAAGGAGCUGGGAGACCUGGAGCGAGCGGAGAAAUCCCUGGAUGAGCUGAUCCAGUCCAGUACAGCUCAGCUGAGACAGCUGACUGAAAACAAAGACAGUCAAAGGCUGGGAUACGUGACGUACCAGGACAUCCACUCCAUCGACAGCCUCAGAGAUCAGACUGUCAUCGCUGUCAAAGCUCCUGCAGAGACCAAGCUGGAGGUUCCAGAGACGGCCGGGCAGGGGUCGCUGCAGAUCUACUUAAAGAGUAAAAACGGACCCAUCGAAGUCUACCUGUGUCCAGAGGAGGGUCUGGAAGAAGUCAGUCCAGUGAAGAGUCUCCUCACACCGAAAAAGGAGUUUCCUUUGCCUCUCGCUCCUCCAUCUACCGCUGCGAUAGCGCCAUCUAGUUUUACAGUCAAAGAGGAGCCAGUUGAAUCCAACGCAACUUCACCAGCUCCUGCCUCCUCCUCCUCCUCCUCUCUGCUGGACGUAGAGGGUCUGUUGGGUUUACCUCCCAGUCUGCUGCAGAUCACUGAGGACCAGCUGCCUGGCUCUUCCUUCACCUCAGAUCCCAACACGCCCUUCGUCAGUUUCUCUCCCCCGCUGGACCACGACGACUACCUCUGGAGCCUGGAGGACGGAGAGGGCGUGUCCGACUUCUUCGACACCUACGACCUGGGUGACCUGCUGAAGAGCUGAGGUGUGUUUGAACUAUCACUACGCUGUCAAGCCAUAAUUCUCUUUUGAAGUGUGAAUCAAAUCCUUUGUUAAUAUCCAAAUUGUACAUAUCAAUGUAAAAACCGACACUAGAGGGUGUCCACUGCAACCGUAGAACACUGUU